AUGUCAACAGCAGCUGCAGCCAACGCUAUCCGCAAUAGUGCAAUGACCCCCACUCGCAUGUUUUUCAAAACCUCUCAGACCAUUCCCUCCAUGGCCCAUGCACGCACUGUGUUUAAAGCACUUGGAGAAUACGGUGACAUGAUCGAAUACAAAUUCUUACGGUGUCCUGAAACUCGACAAUAUCUUAGCUAUGGAUUUGUUGUUUACAAACACAAUGAAGACGCACAAAAGGCAGCAUCACAACGAUUUAUCAAGGUACCAUCGGAUAUGUUUGAGAAACCAUGCGAGGUCAAGAUUGAAAAGUCAGUCAAGAACCGGGGAUGA